AUGCGAGGGCUAGUUCAUGGCGUAAAUGGAGGAUUACUGUCCAUGGUGGCUAUUAUCAUGGGCGUCGGCACCAUGGUCACCGAUCGGAUGUCGGUCAUGAAUGCCAGCUUAUCAAGCUUCGUCGGAGGAGCUCUGGCGCUGGCUAUCAGGGAACUCCUGAAGGCCUACUCGAACAGAGUCACAAUGAUGGCUCUGCGCGAGAUCCACCUACCUAGAGACAAGGAAGAGUUGGUCGAUCUCAGUGGAGCUCGACGGCCUCCGGCUCCAGCAACUGACGGGUUGCCACGCCCUUGGCUAGUAGCAACUCUGCAGGGAUUGGAGCUGCCAACGGGACGUGUGGAGAAGUCCUCUGUCGUCCAUUCCUGCAUCCGAGUCGUUGGAUUCGGCUUGCUCUUGAUGGCAUUCAGCUUCGCAAUUGAUUGGUUCGACAAUCGGGUUGGGAGCUACUGA